UAUAAAGAGGCUCCAGCAGAAGCAAUACUCAGUGGUCCUUGGCUGACUACACCUCAAAACUGCUAGAAGAGCGGAGGGACGGAAGCAGCAGCAACACACCUGAGAAAUCCAACACCCCAGCGACCAUUCCACGAAAGAAGAGUAUUUCCAGUCCUGUCUCUGGGUGAGAGGAAUCACUGGAGCCAUGAAUGCCUCACGGUUUCUCUCCACUCUCACUUUUGUGCUUCUCAUUGGAGAGAGCAUAGCCUGGUAUUACAAUGCCUCCAUCGAACUCAUGACAUAUGAUGAAGCCAGUGCGUAUUGUCAACAGAAGUACACACAUCUGGUGGCAAUUCAGAACAAAGAAGAGAUCAACUACCUCAACUCCAAUCUGAGAUUUUCACCAAGUUAUUACUGGAUUGGAAUCAGAAAAGUCAAUAACGUAUGGAUCUGGGUGGGGACCCAGAAGCCUCUGACCGAGGAGGCUAAGAACUGGGCACCCGGUGAACCCAACAACAAGCAGAAGAAUGAGGACUGUGUAGAAAUCUACAUCAAAAGACGCAAUGACCCGGGCAUGUGGAAUGACGAGAGAUGUGACAAAAAGAAACUGGCUCUGUGCUACACAGCUUCCUGCACUCCUGCAUCCUGCAGAGGCCGUGGUGAAUGUGUAGAGACCAUCAACAAUUACACCUGCCAGUGCCACCCUGGCUUCCUCGGACCCAGCUGUGAGCAAGUGAUUGAAUGUGAAGCUUUGUCACACCCUGCCAAUGGAGUCAGGAAAUGUUCCCCAAAUCCUGGGCGCUUCCCAUGGAACACGACCUGUGCAUUUGCCUGUGAUGAAGGGUACAGGCGAGUUGGUGUCCAGAGUCUGCAGUGUACCUCCUCCGGCGUCUGGGACAACGAGAAGCCGUCGUGCAAAGCUGUGACCUGUGAUGCCAUCCCUCAGCCCCAGCAUGGCUCUGUGAGCUGCAGUAACUCAACAGUUGGAGGACUGGCCUUUAAGUCAUCCUGCAACUUCACCUGUGACCAAAGUUACACGUUGGAGGGGCCGGCCCAGGUUGAAUGCAGUGUAGAAGGGCAGUGGACACCACAAAUUCCAGUGUGCAAAGCUUUCCAGUGUAAAGCCUUAUCCAGGCCACCACGGGGCUCCAUGAAAUGUCUUCCCAGUGCUUCUGGACCUUUCCACAAUGGAUCCAGUUGUGAGUUCUCCUGUGAUCAAGGAUUUGAACUGAAGGGAUCAAAAAGGCUUCAGUGUGGCCCAGGAGGGGAGUGGGACAGCAAAGAGCCCACAUGUUCAGCUGUGAAAUGUGAUGCUCCCCCUCAGCCCCAGAACGGUUUAAUGGAGUGUGCUCAUGCUACUACUGGAAACUUCACCUACAAGUCCAUGUGUAGCUUUCAGUGCAACAAAGGCUUCAAAUUACAUGGAUCAGCUCAACUUGAGUGCACAUCCCAGGGACAGUGGGCCCAGGAGGUGCCAUCCUGCCAAGUGGCAGAGUGCCCAAGCCUUGAAGUGCCAGGAAAGGUGAACGUGAGCUGCAGUGGGACGAUCCUUUCCGGCACCGUAUGUGAAUUUACGUGUCCUGAUGGAUGGACACUCAAUGGAUCUGCAGUUCUGACAUGUGGUGACACGGGAUACUGGUCUGGGAUGCUGCCUACCUGUGAAGCCCCCACAGAUGCCACCCAGCCCUUGGUAGUUGCACUUUCUACAGCAGGAACCUCGCUCCUGGCAUCAUCUUCAUUCCUCUACUUGUUGCUGAGAUACUUUCGAAAGAAAGCGAAGAAAUUUGUUCCUGCUAGCAGCUGGCAAAGCCUUCAGCCGUGUGGCAAUUAUCAAGUACCUGCUCACAUCAUCUAAGUUCACAACCAUCAGGAACACAGAUGCAUUCUGGGAAAUAGAAUGAUAUGCCGAAGACAGCAGAAAAUGAGCUGCCCGUGGGACCCUGGUCUCUCUUGUCUGCUUAAUAACUAGGAUCCUGACUCUGUGGUUCAAAGUUCAGUGACAAGGCCAGCCCUCCACCAGAGAGACUCUGUUUCCUCUUUCCUAGCCACAGAACCAAGGACUUGCUGGCCACAGAAGGUUUCGGGUAUGCUCUUCAAAAGAUAGUGAAGGCACCAAGGCCCUGGAACAGCAGAAUUCUAAAUUUGUCACUCUGGAAUUUGGGAAGAGAAACAGCAGUUUGUGGCUUUGUUUCUUUCUCAUGUUCCCCAUACAGUGUUUCGAUUGUUAAUGCCAUUAUUAAUGGGAUAAUGUUAUUAACGGGUAAAUAAUAUUUGUCAGCAGUUAUGAGCAAAUAAUUUUCUGCAAAAAGGCAAAACUGUCAUAGCUUCAGGCUGUGGCACGUGAGUGUUGUCAGAGGUACCUGAGUGCUGAGUGCUGUUAGCUCUGCUAGGCAGGCUUACCGGAUUUAUCCCCAUGGGAUGCAAUGGCCUCUGAAAUGUUCUCAGACAUUGUGCUCUGCGUCCUUGCGUUGAAUCUACCAUGUUGUUCACCGUUCUUAUUUCAGUGCAAGGGUCAUAAGGACUUGAAAAAAAAAUCAGAAAUUCUGUUUCCUAUGACAAGGAAAAAGUUAUCUUAAUUCAUUUUUUAUUGGCAAACUCUAAUGUUUUGUCUGUAGUAAACUUAUCUUCAGAUGAGGAAUUACUGAUCAGUGUUAAUUCCCGAGAAUUAAACUGCAGCUGGUUUUAAGACAUGGUACUACCAGAAGAAUAGAAGUUGAAGAGAGAAUUUGCAUGCUUGGGGGAUUUUUUUUUAACCCCUAAAAUGUGUUUUUUCUUUUGAAAAGAAAGAACUUCCUUGAGGCCAAAUGUUCUGAUUUAAUAGAAGUGUAAAUGCUAAAAGUGGAGGUGCAUUGGAAAGUGUUUGUUUGAAAUCUCAUCUAAGCAUAAGUAUGCUUUGCAUUCCUAUAAGGGAGGUUCUUAUGUCGGCAAAUAGUUACCAGAUUCUUGUAUAUUGUAUCCAAUUCUAAAUCCAUGAUGAGGGUUCACCACGUAAUAGAUCCGGGCAGUAGAUUGUCAAGAAGUAAAAGUGUCUAACAGUUAUUCUGUAGUUGUCUUAUUCUCUGUGCUCUUAUGUUCGAGAAGAGGGGAAGCUUGUGUACACAAUGAUUAUGCUGUCUUACAGAGAUUAAAAUUCCUAAGGAGUUUCACCUGUAGUUGGCAAUGACAAAUCCUUGAUCCGUAAGAACCCAAAUUGUUCCCAUCAAAAGCACUCCAGCUUCUGAAUUAACAUAUUAGAGAAAGAAAGUUUUUGAAAAGUGCUUACGGAGUCGUGGCAAUGGAGAAGCCAACAGUGAACAAGGGGUGUGACAAGCAUUCGUACCAAUGGGGUAGGAGAGAGGAAGAGAGACCGCAAGCGCUAGAGAAAGAGAGUAACCGUUGUGAAACUGCACACUGUAAAUGCCUGUAUAUUUUGUAUCAGAAAUAACUGUGUGAAAUAUGAAUGUGGUCUGUAUUUGAAUUUUAUAGAGUAUUUUAAAUUAUGAUUUAAAAUAUUUUAUGGUUUAAAGUAUGUAUUUAUUUA